UGGAGACCCAUCCAAUUAACACAAUUAAUUAACAUUCUUAAUUAAAAAUUAAUUAUAACAAAGAAAUUAAACUUAAUUAGUGGGUCCCAAUCUUUUGAAGAAGAAGCCAUCCAAAGCGGAUAAGUGGGGUUCUCUUCUCUAGGUUGAAUUUCUUGAAACCGGAAAAAAUGGAAGACGAAGAGAAUAACAGCCACAACAGUAGCAGCAACAACGAAAACACCAACAACAGUAGAAACUCCGGUGGGUUUCCGUUUGACCCGUUCCCGCCGGUUGACCAAUCAGAAUCAACAGCGUUUUCCACGGCGGCGUUAAAGGUGGAACCAAUUGAUGCAGUAACACUUGCUGCGCCACCACCACCACUACCACCACCUAUGGUGCGUAAACGGCCGUCGAAGGACCGCCAUACAAAGGUGGAAGGCCGAGGUCGGAGGAUCCGAAUGCCCGCAGCUUGCGCAGCUCGGAUCUUUCAGCUGACCCGGGAACUCGGACACAAGUCUGAUGGUGAGACAAUCAAGUGGCUUCUUGAACGGGCUGAGGGGGCUAUUAUUGAAGCCACCGGCACCGGUACGAUUCCGGCUAUCGCCGUUUCAGUGAACGGAACUUUAAAGAUUCCGACGACUCCUGCUGGUGGGAGAGACGAUGAUUAUGGUGGGAAGAAGCGUAGGAGGACUAACAACAGUGAUUUUGUUGAUUUAGCUGAUGUUUCUGUUGGUGGUGGUGGUGGUGGGGUCUCCCUAUCGAGUGGUUUGGCUCCUAUCACGGCGGCGAACACGGCGGCGGCAUUGGGGUUCAGCUCCGCACAAGCCCCUGGUCAUCAUCCGCCGCCGCCACAGGGGCUUGUGCCGAUUUGGCCAGCUAACUUCUUCAUGCUACCCAAUGCCGCCGGUAUUGGUGGAGGUGGACAGCAGCCUCAGUUCUGGGCCACCCCGGUAUUCGGCUUAGCCGCCGCCGCACGGCCUAUCUCGAGCUUUGUUUCCGAAGUUGUGCAGGCUAGCUCUGGCGUUAGCAACGGUGGCAACGCCCCUCCAACCACCGCUUCAACAACAACAACCAAUUUACUGGAUUUUUCGUUGGAGAUAUAUGAUAAUAACAAAAGAGAGUUACAGUUGAUGAGUAGUAGACCUAUGAACAGUAUUCAUCAAGGAAUCUCUCAUGAACAACAAGGAGGUGGUGGAGGAGGAGGAAGUAAUACUACACCAACACCACCUUCUUCUUCCUCACAAGCAGUUUAGGAUUGAUUGAUGGAUGAUGAUCAUGAAUCAUGAUGUCAUGUUAAUGAUGUCAUGUAAAUUGUAAGUAAAGAUGGAUUCUUUUGACACACCAAACUCGAAGAAAGCGUUAGAUGUCAUUUAAACGGAAAAUGAUUUUGGCACACCAAAAACUGAUAUUCGCACAGUUUUCCGUACUUCAUUAGCGGAGUUGUGUCGAAAUAAAUUAAAGUCGUGUGCCGAAAUCAGUUUCUUGUUUAGCUCGUUACAAUGUGUUGGGUGAUUAGAUUCAUGAAGGUGGUUUAAUUGGGUGGUUUAGCAAGUUUAGGGCUUUUAAUUAGUUAUUAUUAGUAGUAGCUACUAUGGAUUAUGUUUAGCAUGUUCCUUUUAGCUUUUGGGAUGCUUUGUUUUAUGUGAUUGUGCAAAAGUUGAGUUAGGUUUUAUUUUAGAAGUUUUAUUUAGUGAUGCAAAUUAUGAGGGAUAGUUCUAACUUCUAAAGUUUAUCUAAAGUUUUAGCUUACCAUCUUUAUGCCCAAUUGCCCAUUGUCAAUGAUGUUUCUAUUUUCCUUUUUAUGCAACUAAUUUAUGGUUAUUGAACAUUCAUCUUAACCUCCA